CGUAUUUUAUCUUUUCGUUAAAAAAAAAAAAUAAAAGAAUUAUUAACUAUGGCAUCAACAAAUGACAUAAAUAUUGAAAUUGAAUGGCUAAAAUGUGAAAUUGUACCAAAAUUGUUAAAAGAACGUAAACUUAUUGAGAAUAUUGCGGAUGCGGAUUUGGAAAAUGUUCAAAUUGUAGAUAUUAAGGUGGACUUUAUUGGUGCGCAGGAAGCUUUUAUGCUAACCAAAUGUUAUCGAACGAAAAUUGUGUACGAUUUUAAGGGAACGACGAAUGAAGUGAAUUUGUUUGUGAAGAAAACCCCACCAUUACCUCAAGACCUAUUUGAUGCUAUCAACUUCAAGGCCUUGUUUAUCAAUGAGAUAUUGGGAUAUGAAAAGAUUUUACCGGCCAUUGCAGAUUUUGCCAAAGUGAACUUCAAUGUGGCCAAAUUUUAUUACGCCGAUUUACAAACGAAUUGUGCCACCGUCAUAACCGAAGAUUUUGGUAGCCAAGGAUGGCGGGUGGCCAAAGACAGGGUUAAUCUUUCGUUGGAACACACCCUCUUGGCAGUCAAGUACUUGGCCAAAUUUCAUGCAGCUGGUUUUGCUUUAAGAGCCACAAACAAAGAUGCAUUUACGGAGCUAACAAAGGGUCUUCUAGAGUCCCGUUAUGCCAGCGAAUUUGAGCAUCCACAAAUGGUACUGAAAGUAAAGUGUGGCACAGAUCGUUGCCUUAAAGUCACCAAAGAGUAUCAAAAACACAUACCUGAAGAGUUUUUACAAAAAUAUGCUAAUUUAUUUAGUGAUGCUUUGGAAUAUGGCAGGAAAUUGGUGAAACCCCAAGAACCAUUUGUUACCUUGUGUCAUGGAGACUAUUUGCGUAAUAAUGUGGCUUAUAAAUAUCAAGAUGGAGAUAAUGCAGAGCCUAAAGACGUUAUGAUGUUUGAUUUGCAAACACUUCGUGUUGCAUCGCCCAUGAUUGAUUUAACAACAUUCUUGGGUUUAUCAAACUUUGCCGAGGUGCGUCAUCAGAAUUUCAAAGAGAUCUUUGAGACGUAUUGCCAACAGCUGAAGAAAUCUUUUGAGGAGUUCGCUAAGCUACCGGCGCCGGAAUAUUUGAGCCCUGAUUCCCUCAUCAAGGAAUACAUUCGCUGCCUGCCCAAUGUUGUCUACAUAUCGUCAUGGUUCCUACCCGACCUAGUCGAGCCCAUGCUAAUAACUGCCGCUGAAAUGUUGACUCAAGAGCAAACGGAUGAAGAGAUCAUUCAAGAUUGCAUGACAAGAGGCGGAGAGGUAAUGGAUCGUGAGUUGGCCCAUCAAAUGAAGGAACUGUACGAACUGGUGCAAGAACAUAAUGUUGAUAUUUGUAUUUAGAGUAUUUGGAGAUAAAUAAAAUUAAAUAAAAAAAAUGUUGUUAUAAAAGAAUACUAGAGAAUCAGA